AGGGUGCACAGAGUAUCAGUUUGUAAUUCCAUCACGGUUGGGUCUUUUGAUCUGUCUGAGCAGUAAAAAUGCAAUAAUUUAAUGAAUGUUUAAUUAAAAUACCAGGCGAGAAAGAGUUAGUACUGGAGUGUAGCAUGCCCAUUACGCGCAGCAGAGCGCUCAUACCCAAACGGACGCGCUCUCCGAAUGGAGCGACAGCAGUGACCGGUGAGGAGCGCCGUUAAAACCAGAACCUUCAGCAACUCCAACACCUUGCAACUUCAACACUUUACUUCCUAGCUGCGCGUAAAGUGCAUCAGUGUCCAAUUGCCUGUGCCAUGGCUCGCCUCGUCCCUCUAAUUCUCGGAUGGAUGAGCGCGUCUUCGUGUCCAAUAAAGUUCCAUCACCUCUCCUGUGAAGAUAUUUAGUUUUUUAUAUAUUUUUUUAAGCUUCAUUUUUGACACUGAGCACUGAGGGAGCGUUGUACAUGAUGACCGUUGCAUCGUGAGGGGAGAUGGAUUUGGAGAUGAAAGAUGUGAACGCUUCGGACUGCCCGCGGAAUGAGAGCGGCUGCGAGCUCAGCGCUUCCUCCGGCGGGGUGUCCACUGCGCUGGCCAGCGUGCUGAUCUUCACCAUCGUGGUGGACAUCCUCGGGAACGUGCUGGUUAUCCUGUCCGUGUAUAGGAACAAAAAGCUCAGGAAUGCAGGUAACAUCUUUGUGGUGAGCUUGUCUGUAGCAGACCUGGUGGUGGCUCUCUACCCGUACCCCCUGGUGCUAACAGCUAUCUUCCACAAUGACUGGACCAUGGGAGACCUACACUGUCAGGCCAGCGGCUUCGUCAUGGGGCUGAGCGUCAUCGGCUCCAUAUUCAACAUCACGGCCAUUGCAAUUAACCGUUACUGCUACAUCUGCCACAGCCUCCACUACGACCGUCUCUAUAGCCUGAGGAACACCUGCUGCUACCUGGGCCUCACAUGGUUGCUCACAGCCAUCGCCACAGUGCCCAACUUCUUUGUCGGCUCUCUGCAGUACGACCCUCGUGUCUACUCCUGCACCUUCGCUCAGACUGUCAGCUCGUACUACACCAUCUCAGUGGUGGUCAUCCACUUCCUGAUCCCACUGCUUGUGGUGUCCUAUUGUUACAUGCGUAUAUGGGUUCUGGUGAUUCAAGUGAAACAUAGAGUGAAACCGGAGCAAAGGACAAGACUGAAAUCCAGCGAUGUGAGGAACUUCUUGACUAUGUUCAUGGUGUUUGUGUUGUUUGCUGUGUGCUGGGCUCCCCUGAACCUUAUAGGCCUGGCUGUAGCUAUAAACCCUGCAAAAGUAGCACCCAACAUACCAGAGUGGCUAUUUGUCACAAGCUACUUUAUGGCAUAUUUCAACAGCUGCCUCAAUGCCAUAAUUUAUGGAGUACUAAACCAAAACUUUCGUAAAGAGUACAAAACAAUCCUCCUUGCUCUUUGUGUUCCACGUUUGCUCCUCAUGGAAACAUCCAGGUGUGCCACAGAGGGGCUGAAGAGUAAGCCGUCACCUGCAGUCACGAACAAUAACAUAGCUGAAAUAAAUGUAUAAAUUGAUGUUACACUGAGCAAGUACUAGUGCCAUGUUUCACUCAGUGCCUGUUGUGGACGUGUUUUUCUUGUUUAUAUCUGUGGAGAGUUUUAGUUAUUCCCCAAACCUGUGCACAGUUGAAACUUGGGGGGAAAAAAGUACUGAGUUUUCAAAGUAACAUCAGUGCCUCUUGCUACAUUACAAGAUUCUGAAAAGAUCAUUUAAUCUAAGGAAAUUCAUUUAAAAACUACAACAAAUUCAUAAUAUAGGUCCAUCACGCACGUUAAUGUAAUUUGUUUGCUUUCUUUAAAAUUCUGUUGUCUUUGAUCAUUUUGUCUCACAAUACUUGAAAAACACAAAUCAUUGUCUAUUAAAAAAGUUGAAUAUGAAAUGAGAAUAAUCAUAAAAAAUAUAUAUAUUUUAUUAUAUAAAUGCUGCCAAAGGAGAGGUGAGGUUUUCUAUACCUUAUGCA